CUGGGACGGACGGACGGAGCGGGGAAGCAAACUACAAAUGCACAACCAUAUAAGUAAAUUGACUUGAAAUCAAGGAAUCACGGAAAAGUGUCCGUCGGAGAGAAUUUUGAGAUUUUUUUUGGAUAACGUGCAGCGUUGCAACGGAUCGACAGCGCGAGCACAUGUCGUGCAUUUAGCUAAUCGCCUCGUUGCAUGAACUUUCACUGUGGAUGUGGACGUGGAAACUGUGGCAAACUAACCACAACUACGCCGGUGGCGGGGAAUGGUACGUCGGUAUCGUGGUAAUAUAUAUAUAUACAUAUAUUGUAAAGCAGUCUUCAGUCCCACAACGCUGUCAGCGAGCGUCGGCCGAAAGUCCGCUGGGCCGACAUGGAGAGUCAGGAUGAGAGGCAGAGCAGCCCCGCGAAGUCCGACAGGAGCUUCUGCCUGAGCUACGUCGGCUGGUCCUCGCUGGACAGGCGGACCACCCUGCCCAUGCUGCCGUGGCUAGUGGCCGAGAUCCGCCGGAGGAGCGAGAAGGGCGACUGCAGCCCCGUGGUGCAGCCGAGGGAAGUCCAGCUGGUCCUCAACCCCCCUUUCCUCCGAUGUGUCCCCUCCGGCAGCAACAACUCCUCCGUUUUCAUAUUCGAGCACAAGGCACAGCUCGUCUCGCGCUUCAUCCACAACAGCAACGACCUGACCUAUUUCGCCUAUCUCCUGCGGGGCCAGCCCGACAACCCCGAGUCCGAGAUGUCCUGUCACGUCUUUAAGGCCCGCGACCCCAACCAGGUCCCCGAGGUGAUCAGCAGUAUUCGCCAGGUGUCCAAAUCAGCCCUAAAGGAGGACGCCAAGCCUAAACCGGAAGCUGACGAGGCCUUCUACAACUCCCAGAAGUAUGAAGUGCUUUACUGUGGCAAGGUGACAGUUGGGCACAAGAAGGCUCCAUCCACCCUCAUCGAUGAUUGCAUCGAUAAGUUUCGUCAGCAUGAGGUUGAGCGCAAGCGCCUGCGACUGCUCAACGGUCAGCGAGGGUCCACGGAGAGUGGCCCUGUGGAGUUCCUCAUAGGGGGAGAAGGAGACCCACUCUCCUCUGUUCUGAAUCAGGGUAUAGAAGACCUUGAUGUCCCUGGAGUGGAGGACAUGACUGGAGGUGGAGCUAAAGGCCUCUCCAGCAGCGCCAGUCAAAGCAGCCUGCGAGGAGCGUUCCCGGAGUGCAUCCUGGAGGACUCUGGAUUUGAGGAGCCUCAGGAGUUUCGCACGCGCUGCAGCAGCCUGGCAGGGAGUCUGCAAAAGAAGCCGGGGGAAGGUGUCAUGUUGGGUCCCACGCGCCGCAGACAUGCUAGCGCACCAAACCAUGUUCAGCCGUCUGAUGCAGACAAGAACCGCACUAUGCUCUUCCAGGUGGGGCGUUUUGAAGUAAACCUCAUAAGCCCAGACAGUAAAACAGUGGUGCUGGAGAAGAACUUCAAAGAUAUCUCAUCCUGCUGUCAGGGUAUCAAGCAGACUGACCAUUUUGGAUUCAUCUGUCGGGACCAAUCAGAGUCUGGUCCCAGUCAGUAUGUUUGCUACGUUUUCCAGUGUGCCAGUGAGUCCCUGGUAGAUGAGGUGAUGCUGACGCUGAAGCAGGCCUUCACUACAGCAGCAGCCUUACAAAGCAACAAAACCCAGAUCCAGCUAUGUGAGGCCUGCCCCAUGCAUGAUCUUCACAAGCUCUGCGAGCGGAUUGAAGGUCUCUACCCACCCAGAGCAAAGCUAGCCAUCCAAAAAUAUCUGUCCCAGCUCACUGACAAUGAGCAGGCAGAGAUUUUUGAGCGAGUUCAGAGAUUGAAGCCUGGGUCAGACCAAGAAGAGAAUGAGCUGGUGAUUCUCCAUCUGAGACAGCUCUGUGAAACCAAACAAAAGUCCCAUCUUCACAUUGGAGAAGCCCCUCAGAAUGCAAUAAACAACUCGGCAGCAGGAGAUGGGACAGCCACCAGCAGUCGCUUCAAACUUGAUAUUCUCAAGAAUAAAGCACGCACCUCCCUCACCAACUCUCUAGAGAACAUCUUUGCAAGGGGUGCCAGCCGAAUGCGGGGCCGCUUGGGAAGCAUGGGAAACAUUGGCAGUUUUGAAAGACAGGAUGAGGAAUCGCCUGGUCACUCCCCUCCAGGUUCCCCUCCUGCUUUCCCUGACGACGACCCGGAGGGCGGCCUGCAGUUCCGUCGGCGCGCCCACACCUUCAGCCAUCCACCUGUGAAGAAGCGCAUCUCUUUCGAGGGACAGCUGGCCGGCCAGAACAGACAGGCUCCGCUGCGCAGACAGCAGUCUAUUAACCCAGAACUGCUGCAGAGCAGUCCCGUGGCUGUCCCGAGAACGCGCAGCGUUUCGGAAAGCGAGUCCUCCUUCAGCCUCCCCUCCUCCUUCUCCGCUCCCAUUUUCCUGAAAAGCUUUUACCAGGGCUCACUGGGCUCCCUGAGCUCCCUGGCAGACAGUGGGAACUUCAAGAGCAAUGGGGAAGGCAGGAAGAGGACACUGUCUGGCUGCAGCAGUGACUCAGUGAGUGGAGGUCUCCCUCAGACCCCACGCAGGGUCUCCUGGAGACAGAAGAUCUUCCUGAGGGUCGCCUCGCCUAUGAACAAGCCGUCUGCAUCCAUGCAUCACCCAGACCACUCUGAUACAAAGGAGCUGUUGCCUCUCUCUCCUCGCACCUUGGACUCAAGUCUGGACCCUUUGGGGCAUCUGCUACCGCUGACUGGUGACCCCCUGUCGGGGGAGAGGCCUAAGAAGACGGGGUCUGACUACCGGGCCCUCUGGAAGACUGCCAUCCACCAGCAGAUCCUCCUGCUGCGCAUGGAGAAGGAGAACCAGAGACUGGAGGAAGCGAGCAGAGAUGAGCUGCACAUCCGCAAGAUGAAGCUGAACUACGAGGAAGUGGGCCAGUGCUCCAAAGAUGCGCAGGCAUUGUGGGAGAGAAAACUGACAGCCCCAGGCAGAACAACAGUCCCACAAGACAAGGAGGAGAUGUAUCGCGCACUCUGCCAAGGUGUUCUCAAGAGCAGGCGUGGGGAGGUCUGGUUGCUCCUUUCCCAUCAGCACCGGCUGCGUCACAGACUGCCCCAGCGUCAGCAUGCCCCGGACACCCCCUACCAUGACCUGCUGAAGCAGCUCACCGCACAGCAGCAUGCUAUUCUGGUGGAUCUAGGCCGGACCUUCCCCACCCACCAGUACUUCUCAGCCCAGCUCGGUGCAGGACAGCUUUCCCUUUACAACCUCCUGAAAGCCUACUCUCUGCUGGACACAGAGGUUGGCUACUGCCAGGGUAUCAGCUUUGUGGCUGGAGUGUUGCUGCUGCACAUGAGCGAAGAACAGGCCUUUGACAUGUUGAAGUUCCUGAUGUAUGACCUCGGCAUCAGGCGGCAGUACAGACCUGACAUGGUCUCUUUGCAGGUUCAGAUGUACCAGCUCUCCAGACUGUUACACGACUACCACCGUGAGUUGUACAAUCACUUUGAGGAGCACGAGAUCUGCCCCAGCCUCUACGCAGCACCGUGGUUCCUCACUCUCUUCGCCUCGCAGUUCCCCCUCGGCUUUGUGUCCCGCAUCUUUGAUUUUGUGUGUGCCCAGGGGACCGAAGUGAUCUUUAAAGUGGCCCUCUGUCUGCUGAGCAGCCAUGAGGGGGAGAUAGUGGAGUGUGAGAGCUUUGAGAGCAUUGUGGAUUAUCUGAAAACUACACUUCCCACCCUCACUCAGACACAGAUGGAGCAGACCAUUGCAAAGGUAAUGGAGAUGGACAUCUCCAAGCAGCUGCAUGCGUAUGAGGUGGAGUACCACGUCCUUCAGGAUGAGAUGUUAGAUGCCGGACCGUUGCCCGAUGACUCUGACCGGCUCGACAAACUAGAAAAGACAAAUGUGCAGUUAAAGAAACAGAACAUGGACCUGCUGGAAAAACUUCAGGCCGCACGACAGAAGAUUCAGACGCUGGAGACGAGCGUGGAGAACUUCCUUUCUCGGGAGAGCAAAAUGAAGCACAUGAUUCGCUCUCUGGAGCAGGAGAGGGCAGCUUACCAGAAGACCAUUGAACGCAUGCGCUCGUGCCUUCCCCCUGACACCCUGACAGAUGUGGAGAUGACCCAGAUCAAAACAGGACCCAACGGGAAAGCCAAAACUGCAGCCAAGAAGCCCUGAUGACAACCAGGGGGGCUGGCUGCUCUGGGCAGACGCACAGAAAGAGACUGAAGUGAACAAAUGGCGACUGCUUUAAUGGAAGGCUGCUGAGAUCCACAGCUAUUGUUGUACUGUUGCACAAGAGUGUCAGCGCUUUUUAAAUCGCAUGAUGUCUGGACUUGACACGAGCAGACUGUAUGGGAAUUAUCUACGUGAUAUUUUCGGGCAGAUAAUUGAGUGGUGGGAGGAUGGUUUCAUUUAUAUUAGCAAACCAACAGUUCUAUCAAAUCAGAGCUGCUGUUCUGUCUCAUCUGUUUCACUGCCAGUCUGAAGGUGAGAUCAAGAUGCACUGCAUCCUUCAAGAUGCACAGCAUCCUUCCCUAUUCAGAUCUCUGGGUAAUCACAGGGAUAUUUUCUAGAUUGACACAAGUGAGAAAUGUGCCUGCAUCUACAAAUCUUUUUGAGCACUGCCUUGAUGUAUUUACUACCAGUCUCAAUAGCACCAUAAAAGCAGUGAACAGAAGGUACAUGUUGGCAAACAAUCCUUUGAACCUCAGGUUCAACAUAUAGCCAUUACCAGUGUGCAUAAUCCUUGAGUUGAGACCCCCUUGUUUUUCUUUGUUUUGUUGAUCCUGUAUCAGUGAUGGAACCUCUGCCUCAGGCUAAUCACAUUGCUUUGUUUUUUCCUUUUAUUCACUUGAAAUGUUUGAGAAUGUAAUUUCCCUCCACAGAUCAUUGUGAUGAUAAUCUGUUUUUCACCGCAGAGGCAUCUGGACGCACGUCUGCCAUAUUAGACUUUAAAUUCCAGCAGAUGCAUACUGUCUUGUUGCUCAUCUCUCAGCACCACACCACUGCCUUCACGUGAGAGAUCUUUAGUGCUUGCACUUGCUGCUUUUAAGGAGGAAGUGUUUCUUCCAAAGCUCAGGCAGGAUGUGAGGUCGUCUGCCUUCUCAGCUUCCUGUGUGACUGACCGCGGUGUCGCUUCAUUUUAUCACAAUGUUCAGACACCGAGGCAGAGUUCAUGCUCCCCAGGAGGCACUGAAAAAUAGACGAAGGUUGAGCAGCAAUCUGAAUGUAUAUCACACGCUUCUGUUCCAAACGGCUGUAUGACUUUUUGUUUUUGUCAGCCGAAGGGCUGACAGAACAAGGAGCACCUCCUACUGUAGCAUCUGUAUGUGCGACUACAAGCAGCUAGUGUUGCAUGGCUCAAGAUUUCAAGACAACACAUAUCAGCAGUAGCAUUGUUGUUGGUUUCACGCAAAAUUCUGUAAAAAGUUUGCCGUGAAUCUCAAGGGUUUAGGUGAGCAGAGAGACUGCAAAGGAAAUAAGAAUGUAAAGACAUUUCAGUUUCCUUUUGAGUAGUAUACACAAUAUAUGUACAUAUAUGUGUCCCGGGUUCUGUCCUCAGUUUUGUUUUGUCCCAGCUCUCUGGCUGACUCAGCAUUGCCAGUUCUGAUUGAAAGCAGAACAGUACUGGGCUUUCAUAUAGCACCUGAACAUUAAAACCAACGUGAUAUCUGUCAGGACAAACAUCACUUACGAACAGUGUCUGUCAGUCUUCAUGUCCUUGUUGACAGGCUUUGGUGACAUAUUCAUGUCUCUUUCAGUGUAAAGCUUUUGUUCUCAAACUUAGGUCCUUUGGCACGCAAGGCAGUAUGUUUAUGUUUAGCAGUGAUGUGUAUUUGCAUAUAUCCAGAGCACUUGCCUACUUUUGCAAAGUUACUGGAGUUAAUUCACAGAAAGUUUGAUAGGUUGAUAAAUCCAGCCUGACGUUGCCUCUGAGGGUGAAACGGUCUUGUGGUAAUUGAGGUAACGUAAAAGUUUGUACCAAACGCCUCAUAAAUAUUAGAGAAACUGUCGCAUCUGAACAGCAGGGAUUCUCUCAACAGUUCAGCAAGUGAAAUAUAUCAAACAACUCAUCUUGAAAUCUCUUGAAGGAUACGUAGGAUACAGUGCUGCUGACAGCUUUUCUGCCUCUUUUUGCCUGUAUUUUGCUUUUGUAGAGUAUUCGUGCAUCUGAGAAAUUGACCAUUGAACCAAAGAUUUGGAUGUUUUUCAAAAAUGAAUGAAUGUGAUAAUGUCAUUACCUUUUUGUCACUACACCUGUUCAGCGUUCUUUAGGUUUGUACUAAGACAAGAGCUUGAAAAGAUACCAAAUAUUGGCGGUGAAAACUUGACAACAAAAAAACCAGACCAUAGGCAGACUUGUUUACUUAUCAUUACACAACGUUUAUUUCUCCUCAGCUUAAUAAGUAGUGCCAAAAGCUGACGAUGGCCUUUAUUCUCCAUUAAUCGGAGAUAUGAGACCGUUUUGUCGAUAUCUAAUGUAAAGCACUUGGUUGUAGUCAGUGAAGGUCUUUAUUUCACAUCAGGUGCUCUAAGUCCUGACUACUAAAUAGUGCUUGUAUCAAUGUGUUUUAAGAAAAAGACUGUCAACAUGAGGGCUACACAAAGGAACUGUCAUGAAUUCUUCAAUAAACCUCACCUUGCCUUCUUUUCUGUCUACUCAUGUCCGAAUGUCUUAUCUGCCCAGUAAGCUCUCAAAGAAAUCAUAUUCCCUUACUGCUCUACAAGGUAGCACUCCCAAGUGUAGGACGUAGCCGCAAGCUGAAAUGGUCUCUGUGUAGACGUAUUAUUGCGUAAAAGGUCAAGGUAGACUUCAACAGUUUUAGAGAGUCUAUCUAAAGGCCUUUUUAAGAAUUGUGCUUUUGUUAACGCCUUGGGCAAAAAGAACAACAGGUCUCUAUAAGAAAAAAUAUUCCACUGUGAAAAUUCAUUCUUUGUAGUGUAUCUCAAACAUUCAACCGAGAGUACAUUUGUGAACUAGCUGUAGUGAAUGAAAUAAAUAGUC